AGGUUGGGUGUGAUUUAAUUACUAAUAUACAUACUUGAGCGAAGUGCUCCUGAUCAUCAUGGCUCAUCGCGUUGGCUCAUUGUGUGAAGACUUGUACCCACCUUCGAAGUCAUUUUCUGAGAAAGCUUUCGUUUCCUCUAUGGAGGAGUACAGCGAAAUGUACGCGAAGUCAAUUCGUGAGCCUGCCACUUUUUGGCGCCCCACUGCAGAAAUCCUCGGAAUCAAGAGCACGUCAGAAGAGAAGGACUUCGUAUCCUGGAAUUUCAAUCCGCAAAAAGGCCCAAUACACGUGGAAUGGUUGAAAGGGGCUCAAGCCAACAUGUGUUAUUCAGCCCUGGACCUGAACAUACAACGUGGGCUUGGAGACAAUGUAGCUUUUUAUUGGGAGGGGAAUGAGCCAGAAGAUGAUUCUGUCAUGACCUACAAGCAACUCUUCGUCGAAGUCUGCAAAUUUGCGAAUGUACUGAAGAAACAUGGGGUGAAAAAGGGCGAUCGCGUGGCCAUUUAUAUGCCCAUGGUCCCGAGCCUUGUUGUUGCUAUGCUUGCGUGUACGAGAAUCGGAGCACCUCAUUCGAUUGUGUUCGGUGGCUUUUCCAGUGGGUCGUUGAAGGACCGAAUAAUUGACUCUUCGUGUUCAAUACUGAUAACAGCUGAUGGAGUUUAUCGAGGCACGAAGUGCGUCGCUCUGAAAGACAUUUGCGAUCAAGUUGACGAGGUGUGUGAGCCAGAAUGGGUCGACUGUGAGGACACUUUGUUCUUGUUGUACACGAGUGGCUCGACGGGGAAACCCAAGGGUGUUUUGCAUACCACUGGCGGCUACAUGAUGACAGCUUAUUCAACUUUCAAAUAUGUUUUUGACUACCAUCCGGGCGAUAUUUAUUGGUGCACAGCUGAUAUCGGUUGGAUCACUGGACACACUUAUGUUACCUAUGGACCGUUGUUGAACGGAGCCACAUCCGUUCUGUUUGAAGGAGUACCUACUUAUCCGGAUGGUGGUCGUUUUUGGGCGGUGGUGGAUAAAUACAAAGUAACGCAGUUGUACACUGCACCAACUGCAAUCCGCCUACUGAUGAAGAUGGGCGAUUCAAUUGUCAAAAGGUAUUCGAGAAAAAGUCUGAAAGUACUGGGAACUGUGGGAGAACCUAUAAAUCCCGAAGCUUGGAUGUGGUAUCAUCAUGUCGUUGGAGACAGCGGAUGUCCUAUUGUGGACACCUUUUGGCAAACUGAAACUGGAGGACAUGUCAUUACACCUUUGCCUGGGGCUACCGUCGCUAAGCCAGGAUCAGCUACCUUUCCGUUCUUCGGUGUCGUACCCGUUAUCUUGGAUGAAAAUGGACGGGAACUGAAUGGCGAAUGCGAAGGUUACUUGUGUUUUUCCCAACCUUGGCCAGGAAUCAUGCGGACUGUUUUCGGGGACCACGAACGGUUUGAAACAACGUAUUUCAAGAAAUUUCCCGGUUAUUAUACGACCGGCGAUGGGGCACGUCGGGACACGGAUGGUUACAUUUGGGUAACUGGACGCAUUGACGACAUGCUGAAUGUCUCUGGUCAUCUAUUGUCCACGGCCGAAGUUGAAUCAUGCCUCGUUGAAGAGCAAUCUGUUGCCGAAUCAGCCGUUGUUUCGAGACCGCAUCCAGUGAAAGGCGAAUGUCUUUAUUGCUUCGUUACGCCAAUGGAUGGGGUUGCGUUUACGGAUGCUCUUGUGGCAGCAUUGAAAGAGAGGAUUCGUGAGAAGAUUGGACCGUUCGCCUGUCCGGAUUUUAUACAAUACGCUCCUGUGCUACCAAAGACGCGAUCUGGAAAAAUCAUGCGACGCGUUCUACGCAAAAUCGCAGCUGGAGAAACAAAUCUGGGGGAUGUUUCUACCUUGGCUGAUCAGUCGUCUGUUGAGUCUUUGAUGCGUCACCGUCUUGACUGA